GGCAGUUCCUCCCACAGACAAAUAGCUCAUCACUUUCACCCUCACCAAACCAACUAAAAGAGGAAAGAAAAAGAAAACGAAAAUGUCCCUCCAAACACCCCGCGUCCUCCCCGCCCACCUCCACGCCUUCCACCCCUCCAACGCCAACCCCCACGUCACAAACACCGUCCGUCUACUGGGCACAGUAACAGCGCUCCGUGGCGACACGGCGACCAUCACGUGCGGAGAUAACGGAGACGUGACGCUGAUCUUGAAGCCCGAUUCGCAUCUGCAGAUGGGGAAGCUGGUCGAGGUUGUUGGCAAGGUGACUGAUGUUGAGGGGCAGGGCCUUGGGGUGAGGGUGUUGGGCAGCUUUGAUUGGGGAAAUCCCUCUGAUUGCGAUUAUAAAAUCUAUGAGAAUGUGGUCAAUGCGACACAUCGGUUUAAGUCGCUUUUCUAUGAGGCGGCUGAAUAAUUUAUUCUUUGCUAUGUUUCAUGAAUCUUGUUUCUCUUUGAUACCAGGGUGCAUAUGUUUAAAACUUCUCUCUAGACAUAGGGGGGUGGCAUCUGGCGAUGCAAUUAAAUAGUGGCAUUAGAAGGACGUCGAAUGUUAUUUAUGCUAUCAUGCUC